UUGGCAGCUAUGGAAAGCAGAGACCUUGGCAGUGAUCCCUAAAAUCAUACCAUGCCGGAGCCCAGCGCUUCGGUCACUUUAGUCCCUUUCAACCUGCCGGACCCGGUGGGCUUUGGGUGACCAAGCGAGGAGGACCCACCUCCGCAGGAGCAGAAGGAGGACCGGCGGGGGGAAGAGCGAGCGAACCGAGGAGAGAAAGUGCGUUGGGGAUGCCAGAGCCGCGGGCUGCGCGCCGGCGGCGGCGGUGGCGGAGCCGGGGGGAGGACGAUGCCGCUGCCUCCUAAGGGCGGAGGAAGGCGCGGGAGGCGCGGGGGUCGCUCCGCAGCGGCGGCCGGCGGGGAGCGGGGCCGGCCGGGAGCGGCGCUGCGCGGCGCGGAGGGCGGCGGCCACCCCCGAGGAGCGGCGGCGGAAAAGUUUUGGUGCGGGGGGCCAGAGGCGCGGAGGGGGAUUAUGAUCGGUGCCGGCGAGGGAUUCCCAGACACCGCCAGGCAAGCCAGAUCUGGCAGAUAGCUGAUAUGAGGACUUGGGUGACUUCAGAAAGCCGAGUUUAACGCCGACAGACUUCAGUGAAAGGAAAUAUUAACCCUCCAAGCAACUCAUACACAGACAACUUUUGGUAGCUUUAAAUUAACCUGUUGCUCACCUGCUGAGACAUGCCUAUUGUUUCUUUCAGCACAUAUGGAGGAGGGCCACAAACUUUGUAACCCUGGCUAAUAAGACUGUGGCUUUCUUAUCACAAGUAGGAGGUAGGCCAAUUGUAAAAGGAUUAUUUUAUACAUAGCCUCCAGGACUUUAGCUCUGGCAUGAACACUGGACAAAAAAAUAGAAGCUAAUUUUAAUGACCUGAGAUUUUGCUACCUGUGCUUUAUUAUUGUUAUCAGUUCGUUAACACUUUGGUACUUUAUUUCUUUAAAUUAGAAAUGGGUUCUUGGACUAGAAUGUGGCCCACAGAUUGGGCUGUCCUCAUGAAAUCAUGGCUUAUCUUUUCCCUGGGGCUCUACGUGCAGGUCUCCAAAACCCUGGCCUGCCCAAAAGUGUGCCGCUGUGAUCGAAACUUUGUCUACUGUAAUGAGCGAAGCUUGACCUCAGUGCCUCUUGGGAUACCGGAGGGUGUAACCGUCCUCUACCUCCAUAAUAACCAAAUUAAUAAUGCUGGAUUUCCUGCAGAGUUGCACAAUGUCCAGUCUGUGCACACAGUCUACCUAUACGGCAACCAAUUGGAUGAAUUCCCCAUGAACCUGCCCAAGAAUGUCAGGGUUCUCCACCUGCAGGAAAACAACAUUCAGACCAUUUCUCGGGCUGCCCUCGCUCAGCUUCUGAAGCUGGAAGAGCUACACCUUGAUGACAACUCCAUUUCCACUGUUGGCGUUGAGGAUGGGGCAUUCCAGGAAGCCAUCAGCCUCAAGCUUCUGUUCUUGUCCAAGAAUCACUUAAGUAGCGUACCAGUAGGCCUUCCGGUGGACUUACAAGAACUUCGAGUAGAUGAAAACCGAAUUGCUGUCAUUUCAGAUCUGGCCUUCCAGAAUCUUACAAGUCUGGAGCGUCUGAUUGUGGAUGGCAAUCUCCUUACUAAUAAAGGCAUAGCUGAAGGUACCUUCAGCCACCUCUCCAAGCUCAAGGAAUUCUCAAUAGUACGGAAUUCACUGACCUACCCUCCUCCUGAUCUUCCAGGUACACAUCUGCUAAGGCUCUACUUGCAGGACAACCAGAUAACCCAUAUACCACUCACAGCCUUUUCAAACCUCCACAAGCUGGAACGUCUUGAUAUUUCUAACAAUCAACUUCGGAUGUUGGUAAAGGGGGUAUUUGAUAAUCUCCACAACCUGAGGCAACUCACUGUAAGGAAUAAUCCCUGGUUGUGUGACUGUAGUAUUAAGUGGGUCACUGAAUGGCUCAAAUUUAUUCCCGCUUCCAUCAAUGUACGGGGUUUUAUGUGCCAGGGACCAGAGCAGGUCCGAGGUAUGGCAGUCAGGGAGCUCAAUAUGAAUAUGUUGUCAUGCCCCACCACCACCCCUGGUCUGCCACUUGUCAUCACCCCCGUCCCUGACGCAGCCAUGCCAACUACAUUAGUUCCCACCUCAUCAGUUCCUCCCCCAAGUAGCAAAUAUAAUCCUCUCACUCCCACCAUAGCCACACUCCCCACUGUGCCUGACAGGGAGGACAGAGAAAGGGUGACACCUCCUGUAUCCGAACGGAUUCAACUCUCCAUCCAUUUUGUGAAUGACACUUGCAUCCAAGUUAACUGGAUGUCUCUUUUUACCGUGAUGGCGUAUAAACUCACAUGGGUUAAAAUGGGCCAUAGUCUGGUAGGAGGAAUUGUGCAGGAACGAAUAGUUAGUGGUGAGAAGCAACACUUAAGCUUGGUAAAUCUGGAGCCCAAAUCCACCUAUCGGAUUUGUUUGGUUCCACUGGAUACUUAUAACAAUUACCGAACUGCAGAAGACACUGUCUGCUCAGAAGCUACAACCAAGGCUUCCUUUUUGAGCAACGGCAGCAACAUCCCCUCCAGCCACGAGCAGACGACUUCUCAGAACCUGGGCUCCCCAUUUCUGCUGGCAGGGUUGAUUGGGGGUGCAGUGAUAUUUGUCCUCGUGGUCCUGCUCAGCAUUUUUUGCUGGCACAUGCACAAAAAAGGGCGUUACACCUCCCAGAAGUGGAAAUACAACCGGGGCCGUCGGAAAGAUGACUACUGUGAGGCAGGGACCAAGAAGGACAACUCCAUCCUGGAGAUGACGGAAACCAGCUUCCAGAUUGUCUCCUUAAAUAAUGAUCAGCUCCUUAAAGGAGAUUUCAGACUGCAGCCCAUUUAUACCCCAAACGGGGGCAUUAACUACACAGACUGCCACAUCCCCAACAACAUGCGAUACUGCAACAGCAAUGUCUCAGACCUGGAGCACUGUCAUACGUGAUAGUGAGAGGAGAUGGGGGUGUCUAGGACAAAGAGGAAAAACUCUGGAAAAAGUAACCCCCCAAACAACAAUGAAAAAAUUACAUUUGAUAAAUGUUACACAGAUGCAUUUAUGCAUUUGAAUACUCUGUAAUUUAUACGGUGUACUAUAUAAUGGGAUUUAAAAAAAGUGCUAUCUUUUCUAUUUCAAGUUAAUUGCAAAUGGUUUUGUAACUCUUUGCUUUUUAAAUCUUUAAAAAAUAUUGCUAAGUACUGUACAGGGUUGUACAAUAAGAACCCAAUGUCAUGGCAAAGGAAAGAAUGACUCAUUCUUCAAGCAUUAACCACUUUGCUGUCGAAGCUGUCUGAGGGAUGUUAAGUUUCUAGGUGUCCUGUAGUACAGGAAAAUAAGUGCAUAUUAAAACAGGGUCACUAGGAACGGACAAAAGCGACUCAGAUAAAAUAGGUACAACCCUUCUGACCUGAACCCGGCAGUUGCUGUUGAGCUUCAAACAAUUGGAAAUACUUCCAUUCCCCUUUGUCAGUUCUGCGUUUCCUACCUCCAGCUGGAAGCUGGAGUCCUGAGUGCUACCAAAAAGGCUACUUUCUCCUUUGGUUAGUUUUCUCCCAAUAUACUUGGAAUAGGAAAGGUAGACAGCUCAAUGUCAAUCUCAAAGUGACCUUGAUUCCUAUUUGCCAGUGCUACUCUGACAGCGUCCCCCAAUACUAUACACUUUUAUGAUAGAAACAGUUCCUGGUUUUCAUUAUGAUUAAGAAGCUUUAGGCAUUCUCUGACCCUUCUCAGUGGGAGAUGAAGGUUAUCAGUAUGUAACAGAUAGCUGUCAUUAAGCUGCACCUCUCUUUAAUAGAGCAGCAUUUGUUGACACAGCAUGUUCAGGUAAAGCUUGAAUGAGGGGAAUUCUGAGUGCUCCCAGCUCUGCAGUAUUCAUGUAGAAUUUGGAAUCGAAAAGUGUAAAUUGCUGAAGAUGUGUUGCAAAAUAUGAUGCCAACAGAAAGGUUGCUGUUGGCUUUUAUAGUUCAAGCCCUGUUUGAUUUAGGGCUCUGAGUUAUGUUUAGUAUGGAGAGGUAGGGAAAAAAAGAAAACAAGCAGAGAAAAUAAAUAAGAAAGACCUUUAAAAUAUUUAUUUAUUAUUGGAAAGGCCUCCAGGCCUGUUAUGAACUGAAAUAUGUUCAGCAGGGAAAAUUACUUGUAAAUCCUGGUUGCUUUUUUUGGGGGUUGUUCCCCGACACCACCUCACACCCACCCCCCUCCUUCAAGUAUAAAGAGACAGACAUUAAUUAAGCAUUUGAUUAGCUGAGGAAUUUUGAGAACACAGGUACACACUGUCCUUCUGAAUUACCCUUCUUUUAUCUUAAGCUUUCAAAAAUUUUCUACAACUAUCAGUGCUUUCUAAGCAGUAGGUGGGCUUAGAAUUUGCUUUUUUAUUCCCUCAAAUUCCGUAGCUGGAAUACUUUCUGAGUCCUUGAGAUUUACGUGCACUAUGCGAAACAUCAUGCUUGUAUUAAAACCUUGAUGCUGCUCUCAAAAUCACGUAACAUUCCAGCCACUCCAUUGACUCUGUGACUGCCAAGCACUCCGGAUUUCUUGCCAGCUCAGUGGUAGAAUCUAGUCCUUCCUUUCUUUCAGUUUGUUUAUUUUUUAACGCAAGCAAAAGUUCACAGCAAAGAGAAAAGAAGGAGAGAGAAAAAAGAGAGAGAGAAAACUUUCCUGAGGGAGUAGGGAACCAAAGAGAAAACUUUUUACAGUGACCAGCUAGGGACGAGAAGAAGUUGUUACAAUGGAUUGGAAGUAAAGGCUGAAGCACUUUCACUGUGGAAUGCUUAGACUUUUCACUUUAUGAGGCUGCUUAUGUUGGGAGAGAGAGUUUUAAUCCUUUCCUUUGCUCAUUUCGCUCAACCCAUUCUUGAAUCCCAGCAGUCUAUGAGUGUGCAGUUUCUGAAAUUCAAAUCGCAUGAUAGCACUCAUUUUCUGCAGUGGCAAAAUGAAUCUAAUUAUGACUGAAGGCAAAGUACAAUCAUUGUAUAAGGAACGGCAUCCUCCCCCUAACACCUUUUAUAAUCACAUUUUGAAAUUCCACUCUAUAUUCUGUAUGUUUGCUAUUUUCUUCAGCUGUAACAGGUAUUUUAGGCAACCUGUGUGGCUACUGUAAUAGUAAAGUCACUGAAAUGUUGCUGAAUAAAAGGCUGCCAUAUGAUUUCAAAUGGUGUAAUUCUAGGUAGAAACGUCUAUGCAAAGUGUUUUUUUCUGUGACCUAUUUACUGAAGACUAUGAUGAGAAGGUUGAUACUUUUGUUUUGUUUGUUUCAUAUGUUUUACGUGCCAAAGCCCACAAGACAAGCAGCAAAUAGUUGUGCCUCUGCACGCUUCCAUUGCAUGCUGGAGUUUGUUUGAAAUUAAGUAGAGCCAGAGAUUCCCGUUGGGUGUGGAUGUAGUAUUUAAUUUCACUGAAAUAACUAGCUUUACGUUUGAUUUCAAAAGGCAUCCUUUGAAAGUACGCGCUUACUAGAAUUUCAUACAUCAAUGACUGAUGCUGGAGGAAUCUUUGUCCUCCUUGAUGAACAUCUUCUGUUCCAGGCCUCAGGAUACCAUAGUUUCAAGAUGAGCUAGGCGCCUUAUUUGUAGCAAAAGACGUAUUCAGGGAGUUCAGCCGUACUGCAGGUGAAUGAUCCACAAACCCAAACCAAUGACAAGUGUGGUUGCUGUCCUAAUAGGGUGAAAACAGAAGGCAUUCACAAAGCAUUUUGAUCUCAGAUGAUGAAAUGUAUAUAUAUCUAUCUGUGGACUAUUACUCGCUUACCUAGAUCAAAAAUCAAAAUGAUAUUAAAGAUAGCAUAGUUUAAGCUUCUUUUCAGUAUGAAAAAGAAUAUAUAUAUUGGUAUGGGAUACUGACAAAGUUUCUUUUCUAUAAAUCCACUUCUAAAAAAAAAGUACCAAGCCACUUAUACCAAAAUUUAUGGACAGAGCUGGGAGUGUUAGCUAAAAAAUAUUCACAGUUGUAAUCAACUGAAAGGUCUUAUGUUUCAUUUGAAGGGUGUUUCUCCCAAUUCAGUUGGGUUUUUUUUUUUUCUUUAAAAAAUACAGUUAAUGUAUUUCAGCCUACAACAGAGUUUGGGACUUUUCAAAGUGCCAGUCACACAAACAACUGAGACUUCAUUUCAGCUCACAUCUAGAGAAGCACAUAAUAGACAAUUUUUGCUAAGUGAAGUAUUUGGAAAGAGUCAGAGUUAGAAUUGGGCAAUGAUCUUUUGGUGCUGUAAAGUUCAAGAUUAGCAGCUUUUUCCUUGGGCUUUGUAAAAUAGGGUCAUCUUCACUUAGUACAAAUAUAUGACCACAUAUACUCACUAAAGGCUACACAGCAGAAGUCCCAAAUUUGUGCAUAUACAACUCAUCCAAAAUACUCACUCUGAGGUGCUGAUUUGGACAGGUUCUUUGGACAUGGGGACAAAUGAGUGGUUUACAGAUAAGAUCUUACCCAUCUUCCUUUGUAUGCUGCUAGUAGCUGUAUACAGUAGCAGAAAAGAUUGGUGAGUGGAAUAAAACCAGAGUUUAAGUGAAAUUAUGUUAAAGCAGUAUCACAACACUGCUGUGCCCGAUGCUUGGGUUCCUUCUGAAGACUUAUUUAUUUACAAAUAGGUCCUCAUUUUCACUGAUUCUGUCACUGUAACAAGUGUUCCUUGCAUGUAGCUUGCUGGCAGAAACAUCUGACGAAUGCAUGGACUUUGUGUUAAUGGGUUCUUAUUGGAGAUAUUGUUAUUGAAUUUCUUCAUAAGAAUUUUUUAGGGAUGGGGUUACUUGGGACUGAAAAGAUAUUAGCAGUUUUCCCUGUAAACCAAUAAAGGACUACAAUGAAUGUCACAUAAAACAGAAAAACAAAGUGGCAUACGCUAUUUGCUACUAGAGUAGUUCAACUAUUUUUUUCUCUCAAUCAUUUUCUCUUUUCAUGAGAGAAAAUUUCUCCCUCUGAGAAAUAUAUUGAUUUUAAUUUUGCAAGCAAAAUAACUUUAUGCAUAUUGUAUUGUUGUUAUGGUUUUAAGGGUCUACAUAAGGCACUUUAUUAAUGACAUUUAAGUGAAAGUUCAGCUUUUGACAGUGAAGUGGUUAAUCCCCAUUGAAUUCUCCAUUUAUAGUACUUCUUCACCUUAAAAUUAACAUGGAGAUAUUAAAGGUUUUUCUUUAAAACAUGAGAAUAAUGGUUUUACUCAUGACUUACCUUUCCAGCUCAGUGGAAAAACAAAACAGAAAUGAGUGCCAAAACCAAAAGUUACUGGCUCUGAGCCUCAUCAGAUCAUGCCUGAUGCUCUCGUCUAAACACAGAGAUAAUCCUAGGAAGCUGAUGAUCACUCCUUCCCUGAACUCUUCCGAACAGGGUGCUUUAUAUCCCAGAUGAUACUGCAGGCAAUAUUGAAGCAUUUGACAUUAAAUGUUUGUACAGCAGAGAAUGUCUUGCUCUUUAAAAGGACACUGGCUAGUAGUCCAUCUGGAAAACUAGCACAAAAGAGAUUUGGCAAGCUUUUAUUGUACUGGGGCUCUGUGGAAAUGUGCCUCGUGAGAGCUGAAUUCUGACCCUCUCAGAAACAGAUAAGCUACCAAAUUAUUAUCAUCACUCGGUCCCAAACAUCUGAAGAUGAUCUUUCACAAAAUUGAUUUUAACUGAGACAUGCACACUUGAUUCUGUUCUGUGUUUGGUAUACUUUCUAUCUUUAACAUGGAAAAAUAGAUGGUUUGAAGUCUGCGUUAUCUGUUUUCUGCAAUCUGCCAUGUUGCACGCAUUGUUAACUUCAAAACCUCACUAUACACUAUAUAUUAUCUUGUUGACAUAUUCAGUAAAGAGUUAUUUAAAAAAAUACAACAAUCCUGCUGUAUUUAUAUGAACAAGUUAAUUAAAAUAAGGAUGUGAAUAUCUCAAAGGGAAAACAGAAAAGCAAAAAUAUCAAUCUUCUGUACUUUCAUUCCUGGAAAUAUUUUCAAAUGUUCUACUUUAUGUCCACCGUCUCUUCAGGUUCUAAAAGACAAAUAUUUUCGUCUUCUGUCUCUCAAAGAGUUAAAGCAUUUGUUACUUCAAUUUCUCAGAUUUAAUCUUGUCUUUAUAAGAUUAUCUCAUUCUGAUAUGCGUGUAGGAAAGCACUGUAAAACAGGAACAGAUUGUAUUCCAGUGUUUGCAAUUAAUAGGUACAUUUAAGCAGCUACACAUGUCUGUAACAAAUAUAUAUGUGGAAGCUGUGACCCAUUAUGUGCAUAGUCAUUUGAUAAAUGCAUUUGACAUUCAUCCUUGACAAUCUUAAACCUGCCUUUUACCUAUUACUAUCUAUUUAAUCUGUUUCCUUGAAAUGAAAUGUGAUUUUUUUCCACAAUUCUCCUUUCAGAAUUGUUCUUGAAUUUUCAGAAUGCACAACAUUCAGACAUAGGCCUUAAUAAAUUUUUGUAUAUCUUAUACCUAACAUAUAUGGUAAUAUAUACAGUAUAUAUAAAGAUAUGCUUUAGCUACUUAGAAAUGAAAGUCACCCCUCUUCUAGUUACCUAUAUAAGAACUAAUUUUUGGCUUUGCCAUAACCUGAAGUACUGGAUGUUACAAGCUGUGUCACUUCAAAACUUUGAAAUGUGAUAUUGCUGAGUGUCACAAUUCCUCUAGAAAUUAUUUUGUUCUCUGUCUUAACCCCAAAUGUCAAGUAAAAUUACCGAGAAACGCUGUGCAACACAUCCACAUCUAGCCCCCCCCCACACCUUAAUGUGCCUCCCUGAACUUAAUGUUUAUUCUGAGUAACUGAACUUCUUGUCUCACUGCAGGAGGGUGGACAAUAGAGGUAAAGUGAAUGAUAAACACUUGCAACCAUUUAUGUAUUUCUGGCAAAAAUAAUGGCAUCAUCAUUUUCAAUCGACAAUUUUGUUUUCUCUCAAAAAAAAGUUGACAAACGCUGACUACUUCAUCAGAUAAUAUUUUAGUAACCCCAAAAUGAUUUAUCAUAAAAGAGAUCAAUCUUUAUAUUUACUUUUUGUAGGGGUAAGCUCAGUUAUCUGGAGCUGUUCACACACGUAUAUGUGCAUAUAAAUUCCUGGGGUUGUGUAUGGAGGGUUUAGCUACAAGGAAUUCCCAAAGCAAGUACACAGAGGGCUAUAUUUCUUUAUUGCUCAGUCAAUAUUUUUCUUUAUUUCACUUUAAAACGAGCUCUUCUAUCUAAAGAAGUGUUAUGGUGCCGCAUGGAGAAACUACAUUUGGUCAUUGAAGUACAAAACAAAUGUUUUAAUUCUACUUGAAGUGCCACUGAGAGUGAAGGCUCAAACUAGAGAUCGCUAAAAUACUUCUGUCACAGAGUAGAGACCUGGUGAAUUGUUUAACAAUAAUUUGCAUUCCUAAAACAAAUUAGUACACUCUGAUGGUAAAAUCCUGGCCACACUGAUUUCAAAUAUAAAUCGGAGUAUUUAUAGGAAUAAUAUAUAUUUCAGAAGGAUUGUGAAAAACAUUCAGUAUGACACAUAUAAUAUGUCGCACUAUGUAUCCCCAAAUUAAAUACAUCAACUGACUAAGGCAGGAAGCCUAUGGUAUCUCUUUUGAAAAGCUAGGGGAGCAGUGAAACAGACUUCACAGAAAAUGAGGUGAGAGAAAUAUGUACUGAGCAACAUUGUCCAAUGUAAAGCCACAAAUGGGGGGUUGAGCACAGCAGGAACGUUCUUGUACACGUAAUCACGCACGUCUUCUGCUUAGAACUCUGUAUUAUUGCUAACAGAUGUGACUGCAAAAAUGCAUGCAUGAAUAGAAGGGUUUAUAGUAUAGUACACUUUGGUGGGGACAUCUUGUAUAGAAUAAGAAGAAUCUUGACUCUGUGCACUGGGUCUGUUAUCUAUCUUCCUCUGUAUAGACAGGAUUCAUAUACAGGAGGAAGUAACAAAAGAGGAACGAAAGUCAUACUGAUGACCCUAUCCUGGUUUUCUGAAUGUAGAAAGCCUUGAAGAAUGAUGACCUUGUGUAAACUAUUACAGAAAAUCCAACUCAAAUGCAUGUGUGUGUUUACACCUUUAACAUGCUGUGCAAAAGUGAGAAGGCUCCGUGGUGAGGAUCAGUCAGUGUGCCAAGCUGAGCACAACCAUUCUUAAAAAGCACAAUUGCCAGAAAGAUUCUGUUAAAAUGGUGUAUUUCUGGAGUGAAAUCAAUAUUUCUACUCCGAUAGCAUUUGGGUAGGUGAUCACAUAGAUAAAAUUCUUUGUGAUGAGGUCUGGAACAAUGUGUCUAAAGAUGGAAUGCUGUAAUUUUCAUACUUUGAAACUGCUUGAUGAAAAAAGGCAGAUUUUGUUCCAUGAAGAUGAAAUGUAGGAAUAAUGAUGGACAGAAUGCAGAGAUACUCCCCUUUACUGACAUUUUAUGGACAUGAAAAAGGACACAUACACAUGCUUUAUACAUAUACAUUUGUGACAUGAUUUUAAAUUUCCUUUACAAUUUUCUGACUCCUCAGAUGAGACACACUUCUAACACUUGUACAAUAUUCCAAAACAUUUAAAUCCUCAGAAAUGACUGCAAUUCCUUUCAAUUAAUAGAAACAAGAAAAUGAGAUUAAAUGAGUAUUUGCAGAAAGUGAACCCUACUUUCUCAGUGCUUUAGCACAAAAAACCCAAAAACCAAACAAACAAAAUAAAAGAAUGAAAGAAGACAACUGUUAAACUAGAAUAGCCUUGCAUUUCUGUUUAGGUAAGUCCUUCCAAAUUUGUAGCACACUCAGUUGAAUGUCGAACUUUGGUUUGACUUGAAAGUCAAAUGAUUUAAAUGCCAGUGCUGUAAGCCUGACCUCCUAUACCUUCUCAGGCUGGUUUGUGCAUUCCCAGUUCAGGAACCAAUACGUAAUUCAUUGCUCUCUGACUCACAACCUGAAUGUUAAGACAUUUUCCCCAUUAAAGAACCAUGUUAAGAAAAUCUGA